CGUCCUUGGUGAAUGAACGAGUUUACGGGUUAAACGAAAAUGGGUAUCACCUAAACAGCGGGAUAACAUCGUAGGAUCCAAUGGAAAUCGAUUUUCAAAAAAGAUUUUCUUAAUUUUUAGGGUGACAUUUGGAAGCCAGACCUGGUGUUAAAGAAUGGUUUCACGCGGUUUAAGGAGAUGGGCGGAGCUUUCUACAACAUUAUGGUCAAUAAUGGUGGCAUGGUGACGUGGAAGCCAUAUGAAGUGUUUGAGACGCGAUGUUCCAUUGACAUUACGAAGUUUCCCUAUGACAGACAAUCGUGUGAUAUUACUUUUAUCGUUUGGAGCUACGGGAUUGCUGAGGUCAAUAUCAAUACGUCUAUGGGUGGAAUCGAUUUUUACGAAUUCGAAGAGAAUAGUGUGUGGACGGUAGUUUCUACUAAAUCAAAACUAGGUAUAAUUGGAUCUGAAUCAGAGAUAACAUUCUCUUUGGAGUUCCAACGAAAACCUCAGUAUUACGUGAUGAACAUGAUCAUCCCUAUCAUCUGCAUGGGAUUUAUGGGUUUAUUAGUUUUCCUCAUCCCCGUUGAUGCAGGAGAGAAAAUGUCCUACUCUAUCACCGUAUUUUUAGCGUUUGCAGUGUUCCUGACCAUGAUCAGCGGUGAGUUACCAGUCAAUUCUGAGAGUAUAUCUAUGCUAAGCUUCUAUCUCAUUCUUCAGAUGCUGACUGGGGCCCUCGUUCUUGUCAUCUCGGCAAUACAACUUCGAUUGCAUCACAGAAAAGGAACCGCUGGCAUUCCGAGGUUUUACUUGAGAAUAGUGUUUUUAGCACAAUAUCUGAGAUGCAAAAAACCCUGUUGCUCGUCAAGAAAAAAGAAUGAGGUGGUCAAUGUUGGAACUAUAGAAGUUUGUCAUAACAAAGAAGAUGAAAAAACAAAAGACUUGUCAGGGGAAUCAGAUCUUGAAUGGAGUGAUGUGACAUCUGCUAUCGAUUUCGUUUGUUUCUGGGUAUUUUUUAUUGCCAAUAUUAGUGUGACUGUCUUUCUUUUUGCAUACAUUGCUGCGUAGAUUUUCUCUACACGAUGUCAUAGCAUUGUGUGUGUGGGAGGGGGUAUGGGCCUACAUUUCUUUUUAAAGAAACAAUGUCAAUUUUUCGAAACGAUAUUUAUCUAAUUUUGACGAAAUGUAUAUGUAUUUGAUCCUUCCACUAUUUUUCCAAAGCUCUAGAUAUUCGUUAUCUUGUGUGUGUGUGGUUUUUUUUUUUUUUUUUUGUGUUUUUUUUUUGUGUGUGUUUUUUUUUUUUUUUUUUUUUUUUUUUUUUUGGUUGUUGUUGUAAAUAUGAAAUGUACGCUGUUACCAUACGUCAUACAGAUUACAUAUUCAUAAUCAU